UGACAAUAGACUUUAUCAUCCUGUAAGCAGCUCCGUGAACGCCAGUUUCUUCCCCCUACUAUACAUAAUGUCUGGUGCUGGAAACAGGGAGCAAGUCUUCCCAACGCGGAUGACGUUAGGAUUAAUGAAGCUGAAGUUAAAAGGUGCUCAACAGGGUCAUUCGCUCUUGAAGAGAAAAUCCGAGGCAUUGACAAAGAGAUUUAGAGACAUCACACAGCGAAUUGAUGACGCGAAGCGCAAAAUGGGCCGUGUUAUGCAAACUGCUGCAUUUUCUUUGGCUGAGGUUCAAUAUGCGACUGGUGAUAACAUUUCGUAUCAGGUGAUUGAGAGUGUUCAAAAGGCUAGAUUUCAGGUUCAGGCUAAGCAGGAAAACGUUUCCGGUGUGUAUUUACCUGCUUUUGAAAGCCACGUGAAUGAGGAUAUCAAUGAUUUUAAGAUGACUGGUUUGGGCAGAGGUGGUCAGCAGGUACAGAAGGCAAAAAUGGUGUAUACGAAAGCAGUGGAGACAUUGGUUGAGCUUGCUUCGUUGCAAACUGCUUUCAUUAUUUUGGACGAGGUUAUCAAGGUGACAAACAGAAGAGUCAAUGCCAUUGAGCACGUUAUCAUCCCUCGAACGGAGAACACCAUCAGUUACAUCAACUCCGAGUUGGACGAAUUGGACAGAGAGGAGUUCUAUCGGUUGAAGAAGGUGCAAGAAAAGAAACAGGAAGCUGUGGCUGCAGAAGAAGCCGAGGAAUUGGAAAAGAAAUUGAAUGCCGAGGCAGAAGACGAAGAUGCCAGCGACGAUGGUGAAGCCAAUGGUGUAGAGGAGGAUAAUGUCACUCCAGUUGCCGGGGAACCAGAGAUUGUCGAGAAUUCUGCCGAGAAAACCUCAGCUUCAGUUAGUGGCGGCAAAAAGAAAAAGAACAAGAAGAAGAAGAAGAAGGCUGCUACCACCCAGCCCAGCGAGGAGCAAAUUCUCGAGGACGUUAACAAAUUGGCUGUGGGCGAUGGUGAUGUGUUGCAGGAUAACGAAGAGGAUGUCAUUUUCUGAGCAAAUAUCCACACCCUUUCAUUUGUUCGCAUGGUAUCAUUUAAUUCUCCAUUCUCCUUCUCUUAGAAAUAUUUAGACUGCGUAUAUGUCUCUGGGACACCCCAUAUCAAAGACUUUAUCUCAAGACACGCGUCACUACUUUUUAAAGUAACUGAGUAACAGGGGUACUUCAUACUUUCGCUGGAACAAAUGAUAAAGAGAAUAACUAAUUUCGAAAUCAAUCCAUCUUUAAUUCUAGAAUCAAUAAACCAAUUGAUGAAGAUAGAUAUUAGGUUAGAUUAGACUUAUGAUUACGUUCAUCUUUCUAGCGAGAAACAAAAGCAAACACCUUUUUCCAGAACAAAACUUCAAUGAGGUGACUAACUCAUUAAAUAUAUAAAGGUC